AUGGUGUUGUCAUUCGAAUUUUUAGUAAGCGUUCUUUCCGUUUCAUCAUUGCAAAUUGUCCUUUCCGUGUUCCGUCUAUGUUUUGUUCUUCUUUUUCCCGUUGUUCCGUCUUCCGUCGUUCCAUGCUUCUUCCUAGAUCCUCCUGUCCUGUCUUUUCUGUGUCGGAUUUUUUGGAAAGUACACGGUACUUUUAAAAUGUCGUCAAAAGUUUCGAGGGAAACACUCUACGAGUGCACUAAUGCAGUCCUGGAGAAGUCUCAGGAAAAGAAAAGGAACUUUUUGGAAACUGUGGAGAUCCAAGUUGGUCUGAAGAAUUAUGAUCCCCAGAAGGACAAGCGUUUCAGUGGAACUGUAAAACUAAAGCACAUCCCCAGACCAAAAAUGCAGGUGUGUGUUUUGGGAGAUCAGCAGCAUUGCGAUGAAGCAAAGGCGAAUGGCGUCCCGUACAUGGAUGUUGAAGCCCUGAAAAAGCUUAACAAGAACAAGAAGUUGGUGAAAAAACUGGCCAAGAAAUAUGAUGCAUUUUUGGCUAGUGAAGCUCUGAUCAAACAGAUCCCUCGUCUGUUGGGUCCUGGUCUAAAUAAGGCAGGUAAAUUCCCUGGCCUGCUGUCCCACCAGGAAUCGAUGACCCAGAAGAUUGAUGAGGUUAAGGCUACCAUCAAGUUCCAGAUGAAGAAGGUAGGUUGAUCCAACAUUUGUUUUUAUAUGACUAUUUUGCAGAAAAUUAUGGAAAUAUUGGGGAAAUUGAGUAGUCUGAGUAAAAAAAUAAGGAAAAGCUUAAUGAGUUCAUCACCUUGUAUUUUUUUUAAUGUUGGUUCCUGUAAAGGUUAAAACUUUAAAAGCACAUAUCGUUAGCUGAUUUCCAGUUUUGCUAAUUGUUGUCAUUUAUCCAGAAUCAAUUGAAAAAUUCUUUUUUGAAACCUCAGGUAACUGAGAUAAAAAAGGUUGCCAGAUUACCCACAAUUUUUUUAUUGAUGCUUAAUUUUUUUAUAAAUGCAUCUACUUUUAUAAAAAAUACGUAUUUUAAAAACUUUCAUCUCACUUCUUUUUGCAUAGAAAUUUUGAUUUUGCACUUGUCUUUUGUCAUUUUGAGGAGUAUCUGUAAUUAUAGGAUAACUGCUGAUUAUGUGGUGAGCUUUCAAAAUUCCUCAUAUUGACAAAUGACAAUUCUGACGGAUCUGUCAACACCAAGUAAACAGCCAUAUUUGGUUUUGGUUUUUUGUACACUACUUAUUCAUUCUGUACUUGCUAACAACUCUUUUAUUCAGAAAAGUCUAUUUGCAUACAAAACAAAAACGCUACAAGUUUUACACCCAAUUCAUCAUUGCCAACAUUACAGCCUAAUACAACAUGUCACUUGCUGAUCAGUAGAGGUCUUGUGCCUUUCUGUGGCUGUUGGACAUGUUGGCAUGGCUCCUGAUGAGCUGGUACAAAACGUGCACUUGUCAAUCAACUUUUUGGUGUCUCUGCUGAAGAAACAUUGGCAGAACGUGAGGUCAUUACACAUCAAAUCCACUAUGGGGCCCCCACAGAGGAUAUACUAAGUGAUUAUUUUUAUAUUGUUACUUACAUACUUGUGUAUGUAUCCUAAAUAAAAUGACUAAGAUAUUAAAGA